GGCCUAAGGGAGGGCGGCGCGGGCCGGGGCGGCGUCCCCGAGCGGCGGCGUGGCCAGCAUGGCCCGCGGUCACAAAGUCAUGCUGGUGCUGGACACCGCGGGCGGCGCGGCUCGCCCCGUCUGGGUCCGGCGCGCUGCCCUGCGCUUGCUCGCCUACCUGGGCGGCCGGUUCGGCCUGGCCGGGGUCCACUGGGCCUUCAAGUUCUUCGACUCCCAGGGCGCGCGCGGCCGCCCGUCCCGCGCGUCCGACUUCCGCGAGCUGGGGACCCGCUCCUGGGAGGACUUCGAGGAGGAGCUGGAUACGCGGCUGGGCGACGGGGUCCACGGCGCCCACCUGCCGGGCCCGGCGCCCCGGGCCAGCCACACGCACGGCGCUCUCAUGGAGACGCUGCUCGACUACCAGUGGGACCGGCCCGAGAUCACGUCUCCCGCGAAGCCCGUCCUGCGGAGCCGCGGGCGGAGACUGAUGGACGCCGAGAGCGAGGCGGAGGAGACGGGCGCGGCCCUGGGCGGCUUCGCCAACGCCGUCUUCCUCGUGGCCCCCUGCCCUCACUCGCAGCGAGAGCUGCUGCAGUUCGUGGCGGGCUGCGAGGCGCAGGCGCCCCGCGUGCCGCCCUCCCACGGGCAGGUGCUGGAGAAGCUGCUGCCCCGAAGGAUCCGCGAGGCCAUGGUCGCCCGCAGCAUCACCUUGUACUGGGUGGACACCACCGAACCGGCUAAGUUGUGGGAUUCCCCAGACCACGUUGGUUACUGGACAGUUUGUGAGCUGCUCCGCCAUGGAGGGGGUGCUGUUUUGCCAUCUGAAAUUUUCAGCCAGGGUUUUAGUAGAACUGGGGAAACAGAGUUGGUGCAUGAAGGAACACUGUCCAGCACGCCUCACCUUUCUCCGUGGAUUUCAGCUCUGCCAACUGAUGCCACUUUAAACCAAUUGCUCUAUAAUUCUCCUGAGUAUGAAGCCUCAUUUCCACAGAUUGAAGGCACAUUAUUCCUCCCAGUCAAAGGCAGAGAGACGGGAGAAGCGUGGACAGUUAUCCUGGAGCCCUUGGCAAUGCAUCAAAGACAUUUUCAGAGUCCAGUCAGCAUUUUCCUAGAAGAUUCAGUGGCCCACUGGUCGCUCCCUGUGGGCGGCUCCCUGGGCACGGACUGCUGGGUGCUGCAGUGUCCGGAGGAGGGCAGAUCGGCCCAGAGGCUGGCAUUCCAGCAGCUGGCUGACACACUGAUGGCCAGAGGCUUACAUCUGGUUGUCACUGUGGACCCUGGAGGGGGCUGGUCCCCCAUCACCGGUGUCAUUUCCCCGCUCUCUGCCUGCACUAUGGUUCUCACUGUGUUCCGUACCAUGGAGGCUGAGUUUCAAGGACAUUUUUUACAAACAACAGUGGCCGAAGGCUCUCAGGACACAGAUCCCCUUUUCUCUGAUGUUGUGGAUGGUAUAUUGAGUCAGCUUCCUGUUUCAUGUGAAGACCCUGCCUCCUGUGCUCCUGUUCCAGAGUGGGCCCGGCAGGAGCUUGGCCGCAGCCUUCCCUGGAGCCCCGCCAUGGUGGAAAAGUGGUUUCCUUUCUCUAACAUCAGUGGUGCCAGUUCAAAUUUGAUGGAGUCAUUUUGGUUACUACAGGACGCCUCCGCUGGUAAGGAAGAGUCUUCUGGAACAGAGAGUGAAUUAACACAUGGCCUCUCCGAGCUCUACCACAGCAAGUCCAGUGAAGACUCUGCCAUAGCAAAUCUGGAGGACAGGAAAAAGAAACGUGGCGUUCCUCGAACGCCAGUGAGGCAGAAGAUGAACACAAUGUGCCGCUCCUUGAAGAUGCUGAACGUCGCCAGGCUGAAUGUAAAGGCUCAGAAGUUAAACCCAGAUGGCAGUCCAGAUGUGGCUGGAGAGAAGGGGACCCAAAAGACAGCCAAGACAGCCGGAGGACGAAUGGCUGAUCGACUUGAAGACAGAGGAAGGACACUGAGAAGUUUCAAACUCAAAGAUUUUAAAACCGAGGAAGAGCUGCUAUCUUACCUACAUGAAAAUUACCAAAAAGCUGUGGCCACAAGAGAAACCAGCUUGUAUUCGUGUGCUCAGAACAUGGUCUCAACCAUUAAGGUGUUCCUUAAAUCAAAAGGCACUAAGGAAUUAGAAGAGAGCUGUCUGAAUCAUGUAAAAAGUAACCUCUUAGCAACUAGCAAAGGUCUUCUUCAGAAUCUAGAAAAAAAACUGAACAAGGAAGACAAAGUCAGAGAGUGCCAGCUUCAGGUGUUCCUUCGUCUGGAGAUGUGUCUGCAGUGCACUUCGAUUCUAGAAUGUUCAGAGGGGAUGGAGCAAGCAGUGGAAGAGGAGGUGACGGAUCUGCUGCGCCUGGUGUGUCGAGUUGAGGACUCAGCGUACCUGUCCAAGUUCCUGGAGGAGAUCUUGCAACUGUACAUCGACUCCAUCCCAGAGACACUUGGAAAGCUUUACGACAGCCUGGCAUUUCAGAUCCCUCAGAAGCUGGCCGCCGUCCUUCCUUCCCAUUUCUUCAGUGACGACUCCAUGACACAAGAAAGCAAAUCCCCACCUGUCUCCGAGCCUCCUGGGCCUGAAUCAGGUGGCGCGGAGUCUGACCAGCUGGAGGAGCUCCGCACCAGAUCAGCCAAGAAGAGGAGGAAGAAUACAUUAAUACGACACAAAAGCCUUGCAGACGUCUCACAGAAUCUUCGACAAAUUGAAGUUCCCAAAGUGUCCAAGCAAGCUCCAAAAACCGCCGGCUCUCAGCCUGCUCCUCCUCCCCCAGUAAAAGACACCGCUGGGCAAGAAGUCACCAAAGUUCGUAGAAAUCUCUUCAACCAGGAAAUGCUUUCUCCUUCAAAGAGAUCCCUGAAGCGGGGACUGCCUCGCAGCCACUCCGUGUCGGCCGUGGAAGGCCUGGCGCACCAGCUGCACGGCGUCAAGAAGACCCGGAGCGCAGCGUCACAAGGCUAUCACAGACUGCUGACCAAGCGUGUGGCUGAGACCCCAGUGCACAAGCAGACGUCGCGGAGGCUGCUGCACCGGCAGCUCAAGGGCCGGUCCUCUGAUCCUGGCCCUGAUGUGGAUGUUGUUGAAGAGUCCCCUGAGAAAGGAGAAGGGGAAACAAUUCUGAGACGAAGUCCUCGGAUCAAGUCAUUGUCAUUUAGUAGAGCACAUUCUAGUUCCUUCUAUUCUGUAUCCCAGCCCAAAUCCCGAAGUGUGCAAAGAGUCCACUCGUUCCAGCAGGAUGUGUCAGACAAAAGAGAGACUUCUCUAGUCCAAUGCAUUCAGUCCCCCAAGAGGUUCCUUUUCGGGGCUCUGCGUGAGGUGAUGAGCCCCACGGAGAAGGGUGCAGCCCAAGUUCAGAAGCAUUCCAGAAGCACGCUGGACUCGGAGGUGCCUGCAGCUUACCAGACGCCUAAGAAGAACUGCCAGCAAUCUCCCACCUUUUCCAAAACACCCCUGAAAAAGUGCCCUCGAUCGCCACAGACGCCCUCCCGCCCUUCCGCCAGGCUGCAGAACUGUCGGGCUCGACGCACACCCACCAAGCUGUCCACUACCCAGGGCAGUGACUCUCCGGGGAUGUCUGAAGCCCCCCAGGAAGGACCCUCCCGGGCAGCAGGGAUCUCUCCUCUGGGGACGAAGACCCCAAGAACUCCCUGCAGGCCAGUGGCCCCGCCGCCCCCAUCUGUGCUGGACCACGAGGGGCUACAUUUGGAGACUCCCAGCCCCAAAGACCUAGCCCCCUCCCCAACCCAGCCCAGCAGUGGGGGGCCGAUCUCUGUUGGGCUUACCCUCAGGACCCCUCCCAGGCCUGAGCUCCGGCCGCAGGACCCAGCACGAAACCUCACAGUCAGUCCAAAGCCUCAACUUCCCUCACCCAAGAGUGCUGUGAGGAGAGCGCCCAGCCAGACCCCUCCUGCAGAGCCAGCGUGGGCCGACCUGCUGCAGUGCCCCUCGACGCCCCCUCGGGGCUCCCCUCUGCCAUCUAAUGCUGGGAGAUGGGGCAGGAGGACCUCAGAUCCCCAGUCAGGCCAUGCCCAGGGCUCCACUGCCCCUGGGCUCAGCCCAGCAGCCAGGACAGGCUCGGUAGAGGGCGGGAGCCCUUCUCCCCCGUGUCCUGAAAGCCCAAAUCACCCAGACUCCUGUGUGGGGAGCGGCAGCCCCAUGUGCCCGCCUGUGCUUCCCCCAAGGGACACUGAGUACCUCACUCUGCUGGAGGAAGGGGAGGGCUGUGGCUGGUCACCAGGGGAAGAGCUGCGGGCCCCCAUGUGCGACCCUGGGGUUUCCGUGCCCUCCUGGGGUCCCAGCACCCCGGAGCUGAUGCCUUCCGCCCUGGGCCACAGUGAGGACCUCAGGCAGCGCCAGCUCGCUGCCGCCCGGACCUAUGAUGUGGAGCUGGAGGUGCAGGCGGGUGGCCCCCCCAAGCUCCGGAUCAGAAAGAGGCAGCCCGGGGCCGAGGAGGAUCCCCCGCGGGAGGAGGGCUCCCCCCAAGGCGAGGGCCCACCCCGGGAUGGCCGCUGCCCGCUUCCCGCGCACAGCACGCCGGGCAAGGCCGGGGCGCAGACAUUCAUCUGCCGGGCCUGCACCCCGUCCCGCGGGGCGCCUGGCGUGCGCACCCCGCCCACGGCCGACGCGGGGGUCCCCUGGACGCCGUCGCCCAAGCAGAGCGGGAAGACGACGCCCGACGCCAUCCGGGCCUGGCCGCGCAGGAAGCGCGCGGUGGACUGCGGCGCGGGGCCCGGGCCCGAACGCCCCGAGGACGGCGAGCUGGACGGGGUGAGCCGGCUGCCCGACCUGACGCCGCCGCGGGCCGGCGCGGAGGACGCCUGGGGCUCGGGGAAGUGGCCCCUGCCCGCUGUCGAGGACGCACCAUCGCCUGGCUGGGCAGUGCCCGCGGACGGUGAUGAGGUCUCGGUGUCGGGCGCCACCCCUCCCGGCUGGAGCGGCCUCUCGGCCAGUGGCCUGCAAGCCCUCACCCGCUCCCCGCUGCUGUUCCAGGCCCGGACGCCCGGCUCGCAGGGCAGGGACCCCAGAGGCGUUGUGGAUGCGCACCCCUCCACCCCGGAUGAGUCUCCUUUUAGUGGCUCACUCUCCCAGAGACGCCCCUUCAGCAGAACCUACACGCGAAAGAAGCUCAUCAGCUAGUCUGGCCAGCCGGGCUGGACCCGGCCCACCACAUUCUCCACAUGACGGCUGUGCUGGUAAGGCCAGACUCGUGCCAUCAAGGAACUCCAUUCAUGCGCUGAGAACAGCAGCAACUGGGCCUUAAUGAUUGGACAGAGAAAGUUCAAAAGGUGCUACCAGCCAGGGACCUUUGGGCUUGAAGAAAAGGGGAACCUGAGCCCAAGUCUCUUUUUUCUUAUUGUUGUGGGGCUUGAACUAGGCUGUCUCUGAGCUCUUCAGCUCAAGGCUAGCACUCUACC